AACUGAAGAUGGCACCAUUUCUAGAAUGGAAGAAGCUUAUGAAAGUUGAUCCAGAUGCUUUGCCUCGUCAAGAGGAGUUAGCCGAUAAUUUGCUGGAGACAGUAGGCAAGGUUGAUGGGAAUGAUCUGAAGGAUGAGAAUCCUGAACGUUUAAUUCAACUUUUUAAAAUAUCUCAGUCUUUAAUGAAGAUGAAAUCUCAAGAAGUAGCACUGGCUUUGGAAGAAGUUGAAAAAGCUGGGGAAGAGCAAGCCAAAUCUGAAAAUCAGUUAAAAACAAAGGUGAUGAAACUGGAAAAGGAAUUAGAGAUAGCUCAACGAUCUGCUGGUGGCCGCGAUACUCGUUUUUUGCGUGAUGAGAUUCGUCAGCUGGAAAAACAGCUGGAGCAAAAAGAUAGAGAAUUGGUAGAUAUGGAAAAGGAGCUAGAAAAAGAGAAAAAAAACAAUGAACAGCUUGCUCUUCGAUGUGAGGAUGCAGCAAAUGAAAAUAGCAAGUUGAGAAGAGAGAAUGAGCAACUUCGUCAAGAUGUAAUUGAUUAUCAGAGACAAAUAGAUUCACAAAAAGAAACGCUUAUUUCACGAAGGGGAGAAGAUUCUGAUUACAGGUCACAGUUAUCCAAAAAAAACUUAGAGCUUGUACAAUAUCUGGAUGAAAUUCAGAGUUUGACUGAAGCUAAUGAAAAAUUAGAGGUUCAAAAUCAAGAAAUGAGGAAGAAUCUAGAAGAAUCUGUGCAGGAAAUGGAAAAGAUGACCGAUGAGUAUAAUAAAAUGAAACUUAUUGUGCAGCAAUCUGACAUUGUUAUGGACCAACUAAGGAAAGAAAAAGAACAAUAUAAACUGCAGGUGCAUGAGCUAGCAGAGCAGCUCAAAGCAAAGAAUGAAGAGGAUGAUCCUCUUAUGGCAGCUGUAAAUGAAAAAGUGGAAGAAUGGAAGGAAAUGUUAGCUUCCAAAGAUGAUGAAAUUGCUGAAUAUCAGCAAAUGCUGUUGACUCUGAAAGAGAAGCUGAAAAUGGCACAACUUGAUGCUGACAAGAGCAGUGUCAUGGCACUACAACAGGGUGUGCAAGAGCGAGACAGCCACAUCAAACUGCUCAGUGAGCAAGUGGAAGAGUACACAAAGGAGAUGGAAAAGAAUACUUUGAUCAUUGAGGACCUGAAGAGAGAACUCCAAAAAGAUAAAGGUCUGCCAUCAUUCACUCUAAAGGAUUCUAUUGGAGAAAUGCAAGAAAAACUAUAUAAGCUGGAACAAAAAACUAAGGAAGCUGAGAGAGUAGCCGAACUUGCAGAAAUAGAUGCAAAGGAGAAGGAUAAAGAACUUAUUGAGACUCUGAAGAGAAUGAGGGAUUAUGAAACGGGUAUAUAUGGUCUGGAAGAUGCUAUUGCUGAAAUAAAAGAUUUAAAAAAGCAAAUUAGAGUAAGAGAUCGUGAAAUUCAGACAUUAAUUAAAGACGUCAACAAACUUGAACUCAAAAUCAAUGAUUUUCUUGAUGAAAAUGAAGAUCUUAGGGAACGACUAGGUCUUGAUCCAAAGACAAUGAUUGAUUUAACUGAAUUUAAAAACAGCAAAGUACUAAAACAGCAGCAGUAUAAGGCUGAGAACCAAGUCCUACUGAAAGAGAUUGAAAGACUAGAAGAAGAAAGAGUUUCCUUGAAACAACAGAUUCGUAAAAUGGCUCAGGAGAAAGGAAGAAGAGCUGCGACUUUAGGGUUGGAUUCUGAUGAUCUACAGCUUACUGAUAGCUUCACUGAUGAGUUGAAGACGAAAAAGGGGAAAUCUGACUUUAUGAGUACUGUUGACAUUGAUGAGGUAAAAGCAAAGAACAACUAUCUUGCAAAAGAAUUAAAUGAACGAGAGAAAGAUUUGGAACAAAACAGGACCAUAAUAGCCAAAUUUCAGUCCAAAUUAAAAGAAUUAGCAGAUGAAAACAAGCAGCUUGAGCAAGGCAUGAAAGAAAUUCUGCAAGCUAUAAAGGACAUGCAGAAAGAUACUAGUGUGAAAGAUGGAGAAACUGCUCUUAUGAUCCCAAGUCUGGAACGAUUAGUAAACGCAAUUGAAAUAAAGAAUAUAGAAGGAGUCUUUGAUGCCAGCUUGCAUCUGAAGACCCAGGUUGAUCAACUUACAGGACGCAAUGAAGAACUACGGAAGGAGCUGAGAGAAUCUCGAAAAGAGGCAGUAGACUUUUCAAACCAGCUAGCCAAAGCGAAUGCAAAGAUUGCCAAUCUAGAAAAUGAGAUUCAAUUGCUACGACAGACUGAAGGGGCCAGUAUAGUAUUCAAGGCAGUAGAUCUUCCAGAAGGGAUUAUUCCUACUAGUGCAAACAUAAUUAAUUCACAGAAUGAGUAUUUAAUCCAUCUGUUGCAGGAGCUAGAAAACAAAGAACAGCUACUCAAGAAAUUAGAAGAAGCAGUAGAAGAAUAUAAACGAAAAAUUGCAGUUAUCCGCCAUCAGCAAGGUUUGCUGUAUAAAGAAUAUCAAAGUGAAAAAGAACACUGGCAAACAACUGGUGAAAAAUUAAAAGAAGAAAAGAAGAAGCUUGAAUGUCAAAAAGAGCAAGAUGAUAUAAAAAUAAAGGAAUAUUUUAAUUUAUUGAAUACACUUCAAAAAAAAGGUGAUGACGACUCUAAACAGCUACUUGCAGAAUAUAGUAGAAAAAUAACUGUUCUUCGAGUAAAUGAAAGAUUGAUGACAAGGCAGUACACAACCUUACUAGAAAUGGAGAAACACCUUCGAAAACAGAAUGAGAAAAUGAAGACUGAAUUGACAACAAUGGAGACUACAGUUGGAGAAAAGAUUGGGCACUUGCAGAGGUUCAAGGAAAUGGCAACCUUCAAAAUAGCAGCAUUGCAAAAAGCACUGGAUAAUAGUGUACCUCUGGUUGAUCUAGAAAUAGCUAAUAAACAAUAUACGGAAUUAACUGCUAAAUACAGGGAUAUGCUACAGAAAGACAAUUUACUUGUUCAAAGAACAACUAAUAUGGAUCACUUGGAGCAUGAAAAUGCAUCACUAAGAGAACAGAUAGAGUCUUUAAACAAAGAACUCGAAAUAACAAAAGAGAAACUGCACACAGUUGAACAAGCUUGGGAACAAGCAAUGAAACUGGGGGGAGAUGGUCCUGCAGACAAGGCUACGAAAGCUAUUACCAACAGUGAGAUUGUUUCUAUUUCUAAGAAAAUAACGAUGCUGGAAAUGAAAGAACUGAAUGAGAGGCAGAGGGCUGCACAUUCUCAGCGCAUGUAUGAACAGUUGCGGAGCACAUUAAAGCAAGUAGAAGAACGCAACUUCGAACUUGAGGCAAAGUUUGCUGAGCUUACAAAGAUCAACCUUGAAGCCCAGAAGGUGGAACAGUCCUUGCGAGAUGAUCUGUCAACCAGUGUGAGUAAAGCAGUGAGUGAGGCAGACAGACGUCGAAUUAUGGAGCUGGAGAAGAGUGAAACAGAGCUCAAGAUCGAGGUAUCAAAGUUAAGAGAACUUUCUGACAUUGCCAAGAUGCAAGUUGAUGCUUUGGAGAAUCGCCAGCAGUCUAGAGAGAAAGAAAUGCAAUCCCUUCGAAUGCAAAUUUUGGACUAUCAGGCACAAUCAGAUGAAAAAGCACUUAUUGCAAAACUACAUCAGCAUAUUGUAGCCCUUCAGAUUAGCGAGGCUACAGCCAUGGCCAAGUUAGAAGCCACUACAUCAAAACUUCAGAAGAUGGAGAUUGCUAAUCUACGCCUAGAGCAGAAAUUGGAUGACAAGGAACAAGCAUUAUAUUAUGCACGUCUAGAAGGGAGAAACAGAGCCAAACAUCUACGACAGACAAUUCAGUCUCUGCGGAGGCAGUUUAGUGGUGCUUUGCCUUUGGCUCAACAGGAAAAGUUCUCCAAAACUAUGAUCCAGCUUCAGAAUGACAAACUUAAAAUGAUGGAUGACAUUCAGCACGCUGAGCAAGAGCGCCGAAAUUCAAAGAACAAAGCCCUGGAGUUGGAGAUGAAAUUAAAAGGCUUAGAAGAACUAAUAGCCACAUUAAAAGAUACAAGAGGAGCACAAAAGGUAAUUGAGUGGCAUAUGAGAAUUGAAGAGCUUCGUCUUCAGGAGCUCAAACUGAACCGUGAAUUAGCCAAGCAAAAGGAAGAGAACAAAUAUUUGAGCAAUGUCAUUUCUGAAUAUGAACGCACAAUCAGCAACCUGGAAGAAGAAAUUGUACAGCAAAACAAGUUCCACGAAGAGCGCCAGAUGGCCUGGGAUCAAAGAGAAGUGGAAUUGGAACGUCAGCUAGACAAAUAUGAACGACGGCAAAAUGAUAUAUUAAGUACUGCUCAAAAGUUUGAUGAAGCUAUGGGAUCAGUUCCAGAUCCUGACUUGCCACUUCCACAUCAGCUUGACCAAGCUCUAAGAAAAAGUAGAGAACAUGUUAGAACAAUCCUGGAAAUGCAAGCAAGCUGCAAAUCCUUAGAAGAGAAACUGAAAGAAAAAGAAACUGCUUUGUGGAAAGCAGAGCAAAAUAUCUUGUCUAGAGACAAGGUCAUAAAUGAACUAAGACUUCGAUUACCAGCAACUUCUGAGAGAGAGAAGAUAAUAGCUGAGCUAGACAGAAAUGAAGAUGACCCCGCUUAUCCUCGUGCCUUGAAAAUGGCACAUCAAACAAUUGUGAAUAUGCAAGCAAGAUUAAAUCAAAAAGAGGAAGUCUUGAAAAAGUACCAGCACCUUUUGGCCAAAGCAAGAGAGGAGCAAGAGGAAAUUGCGAAGAAACACGAAGAAGACCUCAGAGUGCUGCACCAAAAGUUAGAUUUCCAUACUGAAAAUGCCUUCAAUAAAUUCAAGAAAACUGCUCUGGAGCUGGUAAAGAAGCCUACUUUAGUUGUCCCAACAAAUAAGCAUUUAAUUCGUCUGGCAGAGAUGGAACAAACUGUAGCAGAACAAGACAGCUCUCUUACUUCUCUUCUCAGCAGAUUAAAGAAAACAUCCUCUGAUUUACAGAAGCAAAAACAAAUUACCAUAGCAAAAAUCAAGGAGUUUGAAAACGUCAGAGCCCAGCUUGGGGAGAGGCAUGCUGCUGAAGUGAAACAAUUGAAGGAUGAAGUGGAUGAACUAAGGAAUACAUUGUCACAGAAGGAGAAAGAAUUAAUGAAUGUAAAAACUGAGCUGGCGGUCCAACAAGAAGCAAAUAAUAGAGCUCCAACAACUACAAUGAAAAAUCUAGUGGAACGGUUGAAGAAUCAGCUAGCCUUAAAAGAGAAACAACAGAAAGCGUUAAGUAAAGCACUCCUGGAGCUCCGAGCAGAAAUGACAGCAGCUGCAGAGCAGCAGAUUAUUUCUGUAGCAUCACAAAAGGAAGCACAUAUGAAUGUUCAGCAGAUUGUGGAUAAGCAAACAAAGGAACUGAGGUGUCAAAUAGAGGAUUUAAAUGAUCAGCUUUCAAAACUGAAAGAUUCCCUUAGGAUAAGUAGAAAUAAAGAAAAUUCGUUACUAGAUGACAUGGAUGAUUUAAACCAGGAGCUUCAAAAAAAAGUGAAAGCCCUUACAAAAGUUCUAAGGGAGAAAGAGGAAAUGGAAAAGGAAAAUGAAGAACUGAGAAAACGAAUUAAAAGGCUAAGCAAUGCAAUUCAGGGUAAAGCUGAUGAGCAAACUCUGAUAGAUGAACUUCAAAAGAAAAUUAAAAAGCUGGAAACUGAACUAGAAAGGAAGAAUGAAGACUUGGCUAAGAAAACUCCACGAGAAGACAAAAAUGUAAAGGAGGAAAUCAUACGAUGGGAAGAAAGUAAAAAAUGGCAGACUAAAAUGGAAGGGAUGAAGAAUAAAUUAAAAGAAAAGGAGAAGGAAGUAGAGUCUAUAACCAAACACUUAAACACAGUAAAGGAACUUUUCUCAAAGGCUGAUAAAGAAAAAUAUAUGCUCCAGAAGAAACUCAAGAGCAGUGGUGUUACUGUUGAUCAUGUAAUAGGAGUUCGAUCUUCAGAAUCUGAGAGAGAGCUGGAAGAGCUUCAGAAACGAAAUGCAGCUUUGGAGAAUGAGAUUACUCACCUGAAGACACAGUAUGCUGUACCUCGUGAUUCUGUUGUGGAAGAAUUACACUUAAAAAACCGAUACCUGCAAGAAAAACUUCAUGUUUUGGAAAGACAGUUUUCCAGAGAGACUCUUUCAAGGCCUUCAACUUCAGGACUGGGAUCAGAUGAUCUAUGCCAAAAGGAACAAGAGCUUCAGAAGGAGAAUAUAAAAUUGUCUUCUGAAAACAUGGAAUUACGAUUCCAGCUAGAACAAGCCAAUAAAGACUUGCCAAGAUUAAAGGAUCAAGUGGCUGACUUAAAAGAAAUGUGUGAGCUUCUCAAAAGAGACAAGGCAGAAUCUGAGCGGAAGUUAGGCAGUGUCAGAGGGGCUGGAAGAAGUGGCAAAACUGUUCCAGAGUUAGAGAAAACAAUUGGUUUGAUGAAAAAGGUUGUUGAGAGGGUCCAGAGAGAAAAUGAAGAGCUAAAAAAAGCACCUGGAAUGGUCUCCAGUGAAAAAAUCAGCAGCCUUGAACAAGAAAAUGAGUGUUUAAAGUCUGAAUUGGAAAAACUGAAACUUCAUCAUGGAGAUGAACUGAGUAUGCGUUAUGAGUUGAAGACUAAAGGAACAGAAAAAAUCAUUGCAGAAAAUGAGAGAAUACGGAAAGAGCUGAAAAAGGAAGUAGAGAAUGGAGAGAAACUGCGAAUUGCAAAGAACAGUCUUGAGAUAAUAAAUGAGAAACUGACUGCAAAACUGGAGGAGACAGUAAGAAAGUUAAGCUUGGCUGAGAGCAGAAACCCACAACUUGAAGGAGCUGACAGCAAGGGCUGGAAAUCCAUUGUCAUAACAAGGAUGUAUGAAAAUAAGAUGAAAGAAAUGGAUGCUGAUAUUGCCAAAAAAAAUCAAACCAUUAGUGAACUUAAAAAUACACUGCGGAAAGCAACAGAUCAUGAAGAAAAAACUGAAAAAUAUAUCCAAGACUUAAAAGCACAAAUUGAGCUUCUCAAACACUUUCCUGAGGGUGUUGAAACAGAACAAGGACUUGUCAGAGAACUUCAGCUUCUCAGGUUAACCAAUAAUCGCUUGGAAAAGGAAAAGGCAGAACUAGCUCACCAGCUGGAGGUUUACCAGAAUCAAACUGAGAUUAAGAAAGGCAAUAGCUUUGCUGCUGAGAAAGAUGAAAAUUACACAUUAAAAUCUGAAGUAGCAGACCUCAAGAUGCAGCUAAAAUCCUCAGAUUUGGAGCAGCAGUGCCUUAAGGAAGAAAUCAGGAAGCUAAAAAAUGAAUUGGAUAAUUUUGACCCAUCUUUUUUUGAAGAAAUUGAGGAUUUAAAAUAUAACUACAAUGAAGAAGUUAAAAAAAAUAUCAUUCUGGAAGAAAAACUGAAAACUCUUUCUGAACAGUUUGGUGUUCAAAUAGACAUUCCAGCCAGAGUUUCUACUGAGUAAAUCAGAAAGGUAGGUAUCUACCUGAAGUAGCCAGGAAAUGCUGUCUGAUUGAAGAUGCAUCUUGGCUCAGAACUCAAAGAGCACAAAAACUCACUCAUAAGGAGUCAAGUCAGACAUUUUCUUAUGAGUGACAAAAAUGUGAAGCUUAUUCCCACUGUGAGCCUCUACUACACCUCCUUCAGCUCUUGAGUAAGGAACUAUCUCUGUGAUGAAUGUGAGCCACUUCUUGUUUUCAGGUGGGGGGAAAAAACUAAAUAAAAGAUUUGUAC